UACACUGCUUAUGAGAAACAUGCAGUGGCAUGCACUGGAUACAUAAAAGAGAGCAGUAAUCUUGUGGGAAACUGAUGUGCAGGUUGACCUUGUCCCGACCGGUUUUUGUUACUCCUUUUAAAACUCCUCCUCUUUCCACUCACGGUGAAGAGCAAACAGUGUGAGUGGUUUAGCAUUGCCGCUGUCCACAGGAGUGCCGAAGGGGCUCUGGUAGCAUUUUUCCUAUGAGUUGGGUCUGGAUUUACCUGUUUCCUGCGCUAUGUGCGCUUGUCUUGACAGGUGUACAUCAUGUGGAGGGAAUGGAGUUGCUUACGUCCUCAGAGUUGGAGGCAGUCAAUGGGACAGAUGUACGGCUCAAAUGUACAUUUAAAUCUACACAUCCUCUCUCCGAAGAAAGAGUCUCUGUAUCCUGGAGCUUCCGACCACUCGGAAAGACGACAGAAGAAUCGAUUUUUCACUACCAAAAAAGUGAAUUUCCCCCGAAAACAGGCAUGUUUAAGGGUCAUGCUGUAUGGUCUGGUGAUAUAAUGAAGGGUGACGCAUCCAUCACGCUGCAGAAUGUGCAGCUCAGAUUUAAUGGUACCUACAGCUGCCAAGUCAAAAAUCCACCCGACAUCCAGGGCUUUGUAGGCGAGAUCAGCCUCAGAGUCAUUGAAAAAGUUUCAUUCUCUGAAAUUGGAAUUCUGGCAAUAGCUGUGGGUGGAUUCAUUGGCGUUGUUCUCCUGAUCCUCAUCAUUUAUAUUGUUGUGCGGGUGUUCCGGAGACAGGACGAUGAUAUGGUUGUUGAGAUGGAGAACCACAAAUCAAAGGAUCAGGUGCUGUGAGAGAGGAUGCCUGACUCAGUUAGUUUUCUGUCUGGACUAACCCAUCUUUAACUACUAGUGAUAACAUAUUUCAACACAGGAUUUUCUAAUUAUAUGAAAUAACAAUAUCUAACUUUACAGAGAUAUGUUUUUAGUUAUCAUAACCUUUUUUUAUUUUUGACUUGUGUAUGAAAACUUAAGGUGAGGUAAAAUUUCAUAUAUAAAGUGAUAUCAUCCAUCUUUUGUAUUCUUAAAAAGAUGAGAGAUAUGAAGUGUUUAUAUGUGUUUAAACUCUGACUUCAUUGACUGUUGCUGCCAAUAAGUAUGAUUGAGAAUUUUUGUCAUUCUUCAUUCUGUGUUUGUCUUUUGCACUACUUUACAGCCGUUUCCGUUACAUACAGUAAACCUGUGCAGCAAAAAACAAAACAAAACAAAAAAACCUAUCCAUUUAAGGGAGCAAUAUAAAUUCUAAAACCAGUAACAAAUUUUGUAAAUAAAGGUAGAAUGGAUGGAUCAAAGAGAAACAAAUGUAGUACCUGGACCUUUAUUGUUCUUUGUACUGCCCAUCUCAAAUCUUCAGUGUUCUGGGAUUCUCUGUUCAUCAAUGCUGCAUGGAUUUUGCUAUUUAGAAAAUAUCUUUCAAAUUAGUAAAUUCAUCCUUUAAUCCUAGUUUCAAAUAAAAUACUGUACUUGU